UGGUGGGAUAAUAGGCUGGUCCAUUGCCUACUGGCUGAAAGCAAAAGAAUCACGCAGAAAUGCCUUUCGAGUAUUGGUAGUUGAGAGAGACAAUAGUUAUUCCAAAGCAUCUACAGUCCUUUCUGUCGGAGGGAUACGGCAGCAGUUUUCACUGGUAGAAAAUAUCUGGAUGAGCUCUUUCUCGGCAUACUUCUUGCGUUUAAUCAAUAAUUAUCUUGGUAUUGUUGGGGAACCACCCAUAGAUAUUCAGUUUAAUCCUUCAGGUUAUCUCUUUCUGGCUUCAGAGAAAGAAGCUGCUAUUUUGGAGGAGAAUGUGAACAUUCAAAGAAAGGAAGGAGUAGCUGUCUCUCUGCUCUCACCAGCACAACUGAAAAAGAAAUUUCCAUGGUUGAACACUGAUGGCGUAGCUCUGGCUUCUUAUGGCUUGGAAAAUGAGGGCUGGUUUGAUCCCUGGACUCUUCUCAAUGCUUUCAAGAGAAAAGCCAUCUCUAUGGGUGUGCUCCAGUACAAUGGAGAAGUGACAUCUUUCAACAUGGUUUCUCAAGAAAUGAAGAAUAAUGAUCAGCCUCUUAAAGUCUCGUGUAUCAAAUCUGUUAAUGUCCGGUUGCCUGAAAGUAUUGAACGUGCCAGGGUAAACUGUGCCAUGGUGGUAAAUGCGGCAGGAGCCUGGUCAGGCAGAGUGGCAGAGAUGGCUGGCAUUGGGAUUCAGUCCGAAAACACUGUAUCAGGGAUCAAGCUACCAGUAGAACCCAAGAAAAGGUACGUCUACGUCUGGCACUGCCCUGAUGGACCCGGCUUGGAGUGCCCAUUGCUCAUUGACACUACGGGAGCAUAUUUCCGAAGAGAAGGUUUGGGUGGCAACUAUCUUGGAGGCUUAAGCCCAGCAGAAGAAGAAGAGCCAGAUACUCAAGAUUUGGAAGUAGACCACGAGUUCUUCCAGGAAAAGGUCUGGCCUAAGCUUGCCCACCGAGUGCCAUGCUUUGAAUCUUUGAAGGUAAAAAGUUCCUGGGCUGGUUACUAUGACUACAAUACGUUUGAUCAGAAUCCUGUGAUUGGCCAGCACCCACAAGUGAUAAACCUCUACUUUGCUUCAGGCUUCAGUGGACACGGGUUACAGCACGCCCCAGCAGUGGGACAAGCUGUAGCUGAGCUCAUUCUGGACCUUAAGUAUAAGUCCAUCGACCUUGAGAGAUUCUCCUUCAAUAGGCUCAUCAAAGAUGAGAAGGUUCUUGAGAGAAACAUCGUCUAAAAACAUCCAAGCUGGAAUUCAUUUUAAGACUGUUCGUGGUCCUCCACAACUUAGAGAAACGGGAGACUAUGUCUGCACGAUGCCUACAAAGUCCAAAGAGUUUGAAGAGAUGACAACGUCACACUCAGGGGAAGGAGGAAUAGGAGCUACUUAGGUCAAGGCAGGAAACUGAUCUCAUUCACAUUGAUGAAGUAUGCCAUGCUGGAACAUGUAGGCUUUAGAUCUGAAUGUAAAUUAAAAAUUGGGGCAGCCUCAUAUGAAAACUCAGGCAGAGAAUUGCCUUUUCAUUACUUGCUCCUUAAUUCGCUUAAGUGCUACACGCAAGGGUUGAAGCUGUGUGGAAAGCAUGGGUUCUACCAUUUCAUCUUGGCCUACAUGGAGAAGCAUUCUUCUUUGAAGGAAGUGCAGAGAGACUUAUGAAUGGAUCCUUUAUGCUGCUCUUUGCUGAGUGCUACAAUCCACGCUCUGAGUUUAGUUUCAUCAGGCAUUCACUAGAGAUUCAGCCAGAAACCCAAGGUCAAGGAAAAGGAUGGGGUCAACUUUAGCACAAUCCUUCAUCACUGCUGGCAGGAACAGAGUUACUGACAAAAGUAUCUUGCAAAACCAGCACUCUGAAUCAUUCCUAAGAAACAGCCCACUUCUUUCCACUUUAAGGAGUGCCCAGGAAAGAAAAAUCCUGGGGAGAAAAUCUUACUGUUUGUAAAUUCAGUCAGGAACAUGGGGGAUUUUGCAGUCUUGGCUGGGUUGGCUUUCCAGCAAAUCUCCGGGUACUUAAAGUCUUAUUACUGUGUCUCUCCUCCCCAAAAGUUGUGUACUGUGGUCCAGGAGGGCAUCAUCCAGACAACCUGCCUGGCUUAACAGACUCUAGCACCCACCCACCACAAUCUACAUUGCUUCUCUUUCCUUGUGUUCUUACUUAUUGUUGAUUGAACCCUUCUGCUCCAAAUUCUGGAUGUUGAUACACAUGUGUACCUCUUUCACAUAUGAAAUCAUUCCUCCUCUCCUUCUGGCUGGCCUAUUUUGUUUUUAAUCAGUUACAUCUUCUAAUCUUUGCAUUCCACUGUUGAGUCUCAGUAAUGCCUAUUA